UGCGCGCAGAGGGAGCUGAGCGCGCCGCGCGGGCUCGGGACCUGCCGCCCCCACCCGGUUGCCGAGGUCGGCGUCGCCGCCGCGGGGUUUCGGGGAGGCCUACUCGCUGCGUGGCCUUCUCCCGGGCAGCUGUGCGGGCGGCUGGACCAGCAGCGGCAGGGAGGACUCGAGCGCCGGCGGCAGCAGCGACACCAUGGAUCUGUCCUUUAUGGCCGCACAGCUGCCCAUGAUGGGAGGCGCCUUCAUGGACUCGCCCAACGAGGACUUCAGCACCGAGUACUCCCUCUUUAACUCCUCCACCAACGUGCACGCGGCCUCCAACGGCCAAGGUCAGCCAGAGGAGCCGCCAAGGUCCUCCAACGACGCCGUCCUGCUCUGGAUCGCCAUCAUAGCGACGCUGGGGAACAUUGUCGUGGUGGGGGUGGUGUAUGCCUUCACCUUCUGAGCCGCGGGAGCUCCGGGACGCCCCGCCCCCCGCCCCCGCGCUGGGCUCACAGCGGGGCACUGGCGCUGCUGGCCUUUGGCUGCACCCGCGUUCUAGAACCAGGAGUUCCGACCAGGUGCGCGGUCUCUCCAAGGGGAGCCACCAUGCGUCUGGGAUUUCCCCAAGCGGCCCUGAUCUCAGAUACUCCAGGCUGUGGUCCAGCUGAUCCAGAAAAUAUGGGAGCCUGGGCUUCCAGCUUCCGGAGGCACGCCGGGGCAGAGCCUUCGAGGAGUAGACUGGGGAGGUCUUGAAACUGCAUUCCACGAACAUGAGACCAGAGGGAAGCCAGUCAGUUUAAAAUACAGACAUGGUUGAAUGAUCCCUUGCUGGCACUAAAUAAUCACUUCUGUGUCUUGUUUUUCUGCCAGCUUACCUGAGGGCAAGGGCAGCCCUCGGAAGUUGAGUGUUCCCACCCCAAUCUGGUUUCCCAGUCAGCCCCUCGGAAUAUUGGUGGUGGUCACUUGAAGGGUCAUAGAACGUUCCUCAUUUGACUUGGAAAUGGCAUCUUUGUUACCAGACACCUGGCCCCUUAUGAAACCCAAGGAUGGGGGAUUCCUGGUGACGUGGAUUUCAGGGGUGGUAGUGGUGAUGGUUUUUAUCUGCUGGAUGGACUUUCUCUUCUUUGCGAAAAGAGGAGAAGGUGCCUUUAAAAAUUAGAUCUGCCCGGCAGUUAACUCUUUAGAUCACCCACUGAAGAUGCUCUUUCCUCCCUGAGAAAUCACGGAAUUUUAGGGAUGUGGUGUGUGUACCUCAUC